AAUUGAAAGUUGGACGUCAUCAUUAAGGAAUGUGUCCACUGAUCAAGUUUAUCAUGAAAACCUACCAGAAAACAACUAAAUUUCUCUAAAUUAUUACUAUAAAACCUAGUUGCUUCUAGUAUUAAAUAGACUUGAGUUGAAAGUAGUGUAUACUCUACUUAAUAUUUUUAUUUAUAUGGCUUUUGAUUGGCCUAACUUUGAUACAUCAUUACGACGUCAUUUGGUCCAGCCACCCACCCACCCCCUUCAACUCUAACACAUGCACAUCACAAAGACUUUUCUUUGGAUUGUGUUGGAUAUACUGCUUUAGAAAACAAAAGGAAAAAAGGAAAAAAAAAUUUAUCACACACACAAGUCACAACAGUAUUUUCAUCUUAAAUACAACACAUACUGUCAAACUGGUAAACAAUUAUCAGUGAAAUACCGAGAAAUAUCUUGUUUGCCUUAACAUGAUUCUAAAAAUGUCCUCGAAAUAAUAUUAUUCAUCACUGGUACAACUAUAAUGCACAAAUAUGCACACUUUCAAUUUCAUUAUCAUUCAACAAACACACUUGUAAACAUUUGUUUCACAUAGUUAGUUAAAUGAAAGUGCGUAGUAGUUUUCAUCGAUUUAGUAAGUGUUUAACACAGUUCAACAAUACAAUUUAAUAAUAUUACUCAUAAAUUAAAAGCUGAAAUAAUAUAUUACUCAUUUAUUUAAAUUAUUUAAAUGAUUAAUUUGAUGAACAACGGACAAUCAACAAUGAUGAAGUAAUAAUAGAAGAGGAGGUCACUACUUCAAUCAGCAAAAAAAAAAAACCGACGCCCUAACAUCGUUCGUCCGUACUCAGCCUCAGUGUAAGCUAGUCGGUCGACCCGUGUGUUGACGUCGAAAUUAUAUCAUUUAUAAAAUAAAUAAAAUCAUCAAUUGAUUAUCACUGAUAAUUACAACAUAUAAAAGAAAAAAAAAAAACCACAAGUCGGGCAACGGUCGAUGAGCCGGCAACAUUUAUAAUUGUUUGCCGGCGACAUACCUUAUCAAGAUUGAUUAAAAAAUAUCAACUUGGUAUUUUUUUAUUAUUUUUUUUCUCUAUGUUUUAUAUUUAUUAUAAUAUAUAUUAUAAUAUAAAUCUACUAUAUGCACAUGAGUAAGCAAUGCAUAAAAUAAUCAGAUAAAUGAAAAGAAAAUUUCAUUUAAAAAAACAGUACAAUUUUCGUUUGAUGGAUCAUCAUUUAUAAACAUAAUUAAAUAAUAUAUAUUUUUUUUUGUUUUAAUAUUUGUGAGAUACCAAUUGGUAUGUGGUAAAAAUAUCUCAGUAUUAUAGUAAGUUUAUUUGACAAAGAAAAUAAAAAUAAACAAAGAUAAUAAAAAUUAAUUUAAACAAUAAAAAGAAAUAAAAUUAAUUCUAAUGGAUUACUCGUGCAACGACAACAACACAAAUAUGGAAAAUUUAUAUAAACUUGUGACGGAUGAAAUGUUUAUACCUUGGUAUACAUUUAUUAAUUAUUUUGAAUAUCAACCAUGGAUAUUUUCAAUGCUUGGAAGUGCAAUUGUUGGUCUUUCUGGAGUAUUUCCACUUUUGAUAAUACCAAUUGAUGAAGGAGCUGAUCUUAAAAAUGGAGCUGGAGCUGCAACGUUAAAGUUGCUUUUGAGUUUUGCAGUUGGUGGUUUAUUGGGUGAUGUUUUUUUGCAUCUAUUACCCGAGGCUUGGUCAAACAAAUCAUUAAAUACAACAACAACAAAAGGUCAUCCAUCAAUAGUUUGUGGUCUUUGGGUAUUAGCUGGUUUUUUAGUAUUUAUUAUUGCUGAAAAAAUAUUUAUCGGUGAAACAAUUAAUCAUGAAGAUACCAGUGAUGAUGCUGACGAUGAAGAUACAUCUGAAAUUGAUGAAAAUAUUGAAAAUAAAACAAAUAAUAAUGAAAAUAAUAAUAAUAAAACAGCAAAUGGUAUUAAAAAAAUUAAUAAAAUAGACUAUAAUAUUAUUGAUUCAAUAUUAUUAAAUAAAAAUAAUAAUUUUGAUAAUAUUAAAUUGACAAAUGUUAAAUCAAAUAAUGGAAUAACAUUAAAUGGAUAUUACAAUGGUUUAUCUGUUGUUAAAAAUGAUAAAAAAAUAAUUAAAAAACCAAAAAAAAAACAUAUUAUUGGUUAUUUAAAUUUAUUGGCAAAUUGUAUUGAUAAUUUUACACAUGGUCUUGCUGUUGGUGGUUCAUUUCUUGUGUCAUUUAGACUUGGUACAUUGACAACAUUUGCAAUAUUAAUUCAUGAAAUACCACAUGAAGUUGGUGAUUUUGCAAUAUUAUUAAAAAGUGGUUUUAAUAGAUGGGAUGCUGCUAAAGCACAACUUAUGACUGCAACUGGUGGUAUAUUUGGAGCACUUGUUGCUGUAUUAUGUUCUGGCAAUGGAGUUGAGUCUCGAACAAGUUGGAUAUUACCAUUUACAGCUGGUAGUUUUUUGCACAUUGGACUAGUAACUGUUCUUCCAGAAUUGCUUAAAGAAUCUGAUCCAAAAGAAUCAAUAAAACAAUUGGCUUCACUAUUAAGUGGCAUUAUAAUAAUGGCACUAUUAACAAUACUCUGUGAUUAAAAAUAUCACCCAGUUUAAAAAAAAAUAAUUCAUCCUUUGAAUUCCAUUAAAAAAAUUAUGUUAAAAAAAAAAAAACGAAUGUUUAAAUAACAAUUCGUUAAUUAUUUUCUUAUAGAACAUUUUUCUAAGCUUAUUAUUCUAUUUCUCUUUCUAUAGUCUAUUAUGUUAAUGUAUAAAACACAAUGAGAGUAAAUUAAUUUUUUUUGCACAUAAUCAUUCAAGUCAAUUGGCACUCCAUUAAUAGCUGGCUAAAUCUGGUGCAUUGACAA